AUGCUUAGCGUCGACUCCCUUCUCAGCAGGGAUCGACUCAAAGAUGAAAGAAACGCCUUUCUAGUACCCUUCUCAACUCAUGACAUUUCAGAUGAAUCCGCCUAUGAGUUUGAUGCACCUGAUGCAGAGUAUAUCCAUGACUCGGUGACCGAAAAGCGCCGCCAUGCCGUAUACUAUCACCGGCCUCCCGUCUGGUGCCCUAUCCGGCCUUCAAGAACAUCGAGUUUCUCUGGAAGCACAAGCAGCUGGGGUACAAAGGAAACGUGCAGUGACCAAGCAGCUGAUGAUAGUGAGAUGCCGGAAGAUGCAUAUUCUUGCAUCGCUGAUGGCUGUGACGCUACCGCUGCAUUGGCAGAUGGAGUAUCUGGCACAGAAACCAACCAGUCGCAGUCUGAUCAGGAGACCAUUAUCCUUCAUGACUGGCCCACUCGUGAUAGGCCACAGACAUGGCAACAAUUGGGUACCGUGAGGAAAUACACUCUGCCAGACUGGCGAACCUCCGUGAAACCUUAUCCGAGCCGGGUGCUAUUGCAGAGCUCCGUCUGUCACAAAGGGAAAGGCAGUCCUGGACGAUUGCAAGCAUACAAGGACAUACGUUUAGGGUUGGAUGAGACGCAGCCCAUCCACGAAGGAUCACUUGUGAUUUGCGUUGAUCCUGCAUACACCUUGUCCGAUCAUGAUAAACCACGAUCUGAUGAGUUCGAUCUGGUUAGCGGGCAUAUAUUUGUUGUCUGCCGUCUGUAUUCCGAUUUAUGGGCUCUCUGUGCCAGUGCUUCGCCGCCUCAGCCGGAGAAGGUCUCCGGUGAGACAAUAUCAACUGAGCCUAUGCGACUAGCAUUCUUGCCACUCUGCGCAGUGACGCUAGCCGCAAAUUUCAGCGCAUUCAAUCAGAGAUGCAUCUAUUAUGCUCAUGAUAAGUCAGACGAGCCUAGGUACCCUGGAAAUGGGCUGCCGGUUAUGCCUCCUCCACGGACUUCUAGCCUCAGCGAUGGCAAGCAAAUCUCCCGCGGAAACAGACGCCACAUCGCCUUUCCAGAGGUAGUCUACGAUACUUUCAAUCGCGUCCCUUUCGAACGUCGCGAUCCAGAUUUUGCCCCAGCAGACUCUUCCCUGGAGAAUGUGCUUUCUAACCUGACCGACCGAGGAAGUCGUCGACUCCAGCGCUUAGGCAACCGUAUGUCAAUCCGGAAGCUCUGGAGCGAAUCUAAAAGACCUGCUCUGGGAAAUACCGAGAACCAAUUGUCCCCUUCAUCUGGGUACCUUGGAGAACCGGCAGUGCUGGGUGCAAUGCAGCAUCAUUCAAGCCUGCAGAGGCGCGAUUCUCUGAGAAGCCAGAGGCUGAGGAGUUUUAUCCGGGUUGCCCGGUAA